ACACUCUUGUGAACGCAUUUGAGAAGUUCUUUCUUGAGAAUUCAAUGUCAGCCGAGCCGAAGACUUCGCGAACUCUUGAUCGAGUACGCCACAGUGAUGACACAAUGAGUCCACCUAUUGUAUUCUGACAAACUUGUAUCGAACCACUAACCAUGCUUAAAAGACCUAUAAAUUGGAGUAGAAAGUACCUAUUGUUUCUAGAUCUAAAUUCCACAACCAAAGAUUAAUCAACAUGACCACUUCAGACGUCACUGACAAGUUUUCCGAGUUGAAGGUUUCCUCUGGGGAAUCACCAUCAAGUAUUCCAACUCUAGAUUUAAACAAAGCUACAAAUCCAGAAACAAAAUCAGAAUUUCUAGAUGAGCUUAGAAACGCUUUAUUCAAUUUUGGGUUCUUUUAUAUUAAAAAUCCACCUUUUGAUGUGGAAAAAUUCAAAAAUAUUAAGGAAGAAUCACUCAAGUUUUUCGAAAUUCCACUUGAAGAGAAGAAAAAAGUUGCCAUGGUCAAUUCAAAACAUUUCUUAGGUUAUAAUGGACUUGGUGAUGAAAUAACAGCAGCUAAUGUUGACUGGAGAGAACAAGUGGAAUUUGCUACAGAGCUACCGGAACCUGAUAUCAAGAAUGAUGAUGAGCUUUACAAAAAUAUUGAAGGACCAAAUCUCUGGCCAAAUGGUGAUUUUUUGCCUGAGUUUAAGCAUAUAGUCACUGAUUACAUAGAUGAGCUUUCUAAAUUGUCAAGACAAUUCACCCAUUGGAUUGAGGAUGCUUUAGGAUUAGAAUAUGGUGCCUUGGAAGCCUUUUUUAAAGAAGUUCAACAAGCGAAAUUGAAAAUAAUCAAGUAUCCUGAUUUGGCUAAUCUCAAUGAACAAGUUGAGGCUGUUGAAAAAGAAUUUGCAAAUACCCAAUACAAGACUAAAUUGAAUCAAGGGGUUGGUGAACAUCGUGAUAAUGAUUUCCUUACAUUUAUUUAUCAAGCUAGUCACCAUACAUCUUUACAAGUUAAAGAUUUUAAUGGGGAAUGGAUCAAUGUACCACCUGUCGAAAAUACUCUAGUGUUUGCUGUUGGGUUGACUUUAGAAUUUAUUACUCAAGGUGUUUGUGUUUCCACAGUACAUCGAGUUUUAACACCAACUCCUGGAGAAGGAGAUAGAUUAUCCAUUUCAUUCUUUCAAACUAUAAAUAUUGAAUCUAAGAAAACUUCAAUUGAGGUUGAUCAAAAAGCAAAGGAUCUUGUUAAACUGAGAGACGCCAAAAGAACAAAGAACAAAAUCGGAUUUCAGUUCCAAGUUGAUGAAACAAAACCUGUUGGGUAUAGUGUCUUCUUGAACAGGGUCAAAUCACAUCCUAAAGUUGGUGAAAGACACUACCCAAAGGUUUUGAAGUAUAUACAAGAAGAAGUUGCAAAGGCUUCAGACAUUUAAGUGUACAAAAUACUGAGUCUGAUAAAGCUUGAAGAUAUACACCGAUUAUAUCCGUAACCUUAUUUUUCGACCAAAAAGCUUCACUUUUCAGUACGACACAAGCAAAAUCCAAAAUAAGUAUUAAAAGAGAUUAAGCUAAAAGCAAUAACAUCAAAAUAAUGGUUAUAUUACCUUGGAAGCUUGAUAAAGGUCUUAACGUUAAGGCCCUUUUUAGGCUACAAUUUACCCGCAUAUUGGCUUUAGGAUUAUAUAAUCACUUACUCAGCUUUUUUUUUGGCCUGACGCGUUUUGUCAUCCGAAUUUGAAUUUCGUGUAUAGAAAAACACUGAAAAGUUAUAGAUCGAUCAUUGUUCAAUAAAGAGGUGAUAAUAUAGUCGGAUCACACUAUUUGCAAGAGAUGGAGGUGCCGACGCAACCAACUCAACCUACACAGGCCACCCAAGCCGCC